GCAGCCGUCGUCCCCGGGCUGCGCAAUCGAGGCUUGGCCGAGUUCGGUGUUUUGAGCGAGGCGCUGGAGCAGAUCUCCAGCGAGAAGUUCGAGUGCCACGCAGAGGGGCGCAUUACACUGCUGUACUUGGGCGUUCUCGACUGGUUCUCGGUCCCGGAAGAUCAGGGCAACCUUGAGGGGAAGAAGCCAGAGGAGGAUAUCGGCAUGCUGUCGGAGAAGUAUAACGGCCAGGGUCACAAGGGGCGCAUCAAGGUCACGUCGGUCAAAGAGCUGGUGGUGCAGGUGCUGGGCUACGUUUUCGAGCUUGCCGUCCAGUACGACCUGAUUAACGUUACCACCUUGGCGACGAUCGAAAGGCCGAGGCGCCGUUGGCAGACUCUCCUUGAGGCCCAGGUGAAGCAUCCCGCGAGUCCGGGUUACGAGUUAUCGAGGAGGUUCUCGGGUUACGACCGCGGUCGUCAGGUGGUGGCGCCCUUUGUUGGUUUGUUCGAGGCAAAGGAAGUCAUGGAGGAGGCGGAGAUUGGCAAGCGGACAAGUAAGGCCAAGGCGUUGAAAGACGAGGCCAGACUU